AUGUGCUUCGGAAGCAAGAAAGAGAGCAAUGACGAACCGGCUCCUCGGCCUCGAAGUUCAACAGAUAAGAAGGUAGCUGACACGGCUGAUUCAAAGCAGCCAAGGGCAAGCUACGAUCCCCCAAAGUCCAAGCCAGACGUCGCACCAACAAUGGCAGGCCCCUCGCAGCCGCCCAGCAAUGCCCCCCCAUCAUACGAAACCUCCAAUCCUCAGCAUGACUGGCAGGUUGCCGUCCCCGAUACGUCUCUGUUUCCGCCUCCGCCAGACGUCUUCAGCAAACACAUCUUCUCGCCAGGCGCCAAUGCCACUGAAGCGGAGGCCGAUGCUGGCGACGAGUGGUGCGAGCAGUACCCUCUGGUUGCGCCCACUGUCCUAGACGAUGCCGGCAAGGGCGCAUUGCAUUUCAACAACAUCCGCCUCAUGGAGCCCGUUGGCUUCACUGGCAAGCUGAACUGGGUCGAUACCGGUCACUGGCAGAUCGAGACAUCCAAGGACAGCCCCGACAGGUGUCUGAUCAGCUACCCUCCUCUCUAUCUCGUCACGGAGCAUGACCCCAACAGGCUGGGGCGGCCCAAGACAAUCUACUACGAGGUUAAAGUGCUGUCUUACCCACCUGACAAGUAUGCCGGGAUUGCCUUGGGUUUCACGGCCUUGCCGUACCCGUCCUUCCGCCUCCCGGGGUGGCAGAGGGGAAGCUUGGCAAUCCACGGCGAUGAUGGUCACAAGUAUGUCAACGAUAUAAACGGUGGCAAGGACUUCACUGAACCCUUCCGCGCGGGUGAAACCUAUGGCUUGGGGAUGACUCUGAGAGCCCACACCGGAGGCAAUGUCCUCGUGGACAUCUUCUUCACGCGCAACGGCGUUUUAACAGGCGGCUGGAAUCUUCACGAGGAAAGGGAUGCGGAUGACCCGCCUCUCGAUGGGCUCGAGGGAUUCCAUGAUUUAUGUGCUUCGAUCGGCACUUAUGAUACGAGCUGCUUCGAGGUGAUAUUUGAGCCUACCAAGUGGAUGUACCAGGAUUUGGAUUGA